UCAAGGUUGCGGCUGGGAUGUAACUGGAGGUCCGGCUUGGUUACCCGGAGUCUUUGCCUGCGAGCGAGCGAGCGCCGUCACUAAAUGGUGCAGCAAGGCAGUGCGCGCGUGCUAAGGCAGUGCGCGUGACGGUACAUGUGAAUUACCUGGGCUGUGUAUGUGGGCAGGAGAGCCAGUCGUACAGACGAAUAAUACGCACCAGUUCACAUCACUAACAAAUGUAGCAGCUACAGAUCCGGACAAAUUCUGAGAGGAAACGGAGACGAACAGGGGUCUGACCGGGAAAAGUAGCGCAUAUGACAGCCUCCUUGGUUUUAAACCCUCGCUGGCCAGGGGACACGGUGAUGUUUUUGUAUGACAACAACCUGGACGACCUAAACAAGAACAUGGAGGGGCUGGUGGGAAGCAGCAACUUUGCUGCAGCCACAGCGGCAAGCCAAUGCCGCAACAUUAUGGCCCACUCGGCGGCCGCGGCUGCUCUGGGCGGCCACCCAUCCGGCCUGGUGCACUCCUCAGCUGGCUACUCCACAGUGGACGUGUCCGCCUCCGGCUCCGGCGAGACCGGCGCGUCUUCGGGGAAACAGUGCACGGCCGGACCGUGUCCGGUGGCCGCCGUGCCGCACCAGAGCUCUUCCGCCGCCACUGCGUUACCGUACAGCUACUUUGGUAACGGCUACUACCCAUGCAGGAUGGGGCGGGGUUCUCUCAAGUCGUGUACCCAGGCGGCCGGUGCCGCGCUCAGCUCGCAGUACAUGGACACGACGGUGAACUCUGACGAAUACCCGAACCACCGGGCCAAGGAGUUCGCCUUUUAUCACGGCUACCCGAGCCCAUACCAGUCCAUGGCCAGCUACCUGGACGUGUCGGUGGUCCAAACGCUGGGCGCCGGGGAGCCGCGCCAUGACACCCUGCUCCCCAUGGACAGCUACCAACCCUGGGCGCUGACCAACGGCUGGGGGGGACAGAUGUACUGUUCUAAGGACCAGGGGCAGGCCGGGCACCUCUGGAAGUCCGCUCUAGCUGAUGUGGUGGCGCACCAGCACGACGGCUCGCCGUUCCGCCGUGGCCGGAAGAAGCGGAUACCGUACACCAAGGUCCAGCUCAAGGAGCUGGAAAAAGAGUACGCCGCCAACAAGUUCAUCACCAAGGACAAGAGGAGGAAGAUCUCGGCCGCGACCAACCUGUCGGAGCGGCAGAUCACCAUCUGGUUCCAGAACAGGAGGGUGAAGGAGAAGAAGUUCGUGGCCAAAGUGAAGACCAGCGCGCCGUAGCAUGUGGGUCACUUCUGUUUGGACGAGUCGGCGACUGAACUGGCUAUGUUUGACUUGUAUACAUAAAAAAAAAAAAUCAACCGAGUGAAAAGCCAAAAAAAGAGAGAGAGAAA